UUUGCUUCAUACGUGAAAAAGAUAACGCCGCGUUGUCCGCUCGCGUCCUGUUGGAAAGCCAGCGGUUUGUGCCGAUUUAUUCUUUCAGCAUAACUGGACGUUUUACAUCAUAUUUGCUGCAUUGCUUGAACGUAUCUUUUUAGGGAGCGGGGCAACAGGUUUCUUUUAUACAGGUCCCACCAACCAGCAGGGAAAAUAUGUCUUCACGUCCAAGAGUUGACACGACGAAGGAGAUUGCUCAAGUUAUCGUUGACCCGAAGACAAGAAAGCGAUACCAGCGUGGUAAAUUCCUCGGAAAGGGCGGUUUUGCGCGAUGCUACGAGCUUGUGGAUCCAGACACCAAAGAAGUUCUAGCUGGAAAAAUAGUCUCCAAGGCGCUUCUAGUGAAGCAGCACCAAAAGGAGAAGAUGACGCAAGAAAUCACAAUUCAUAGAGAACUAAAUCACAAGCACAUUGUGGGAUUUUCCAGCUUCUUUGAGGAUGCUGAUAAUGUGUACAUUGUGCUGGAGCUGUGCAGAAAACGGAGUCUCAUGGAGCUACACAAGCGGCGGAAGGCUAUCAGCGAGCCGGAGACGCGGUACUUCCUGCAGCACAUUCUGCUCGGCGUCAAGUUCCUCCACGAACGAAACAUUAUCCACCGCGACUUGAAACUGGGCAACCUCUUCCUGAAUGACGAGAUGGAGGUCAAGAUCGGGGACUUUGGCCUGGCCACCCGUGUCGACUUUGCCGGCGAGAGGAAGAGGACCCUGUGUGGCACACCGAACUACAUUGCUCCCGAGAUCCUGGCGAAGAAAGGACACAGCUUCGAAGUGGACGUGUGGUCGAUCGGCUGCAUCCUGUACACGCUGCUAGUGGGCAGGCCACCGUUCGAGACGGAGAGCCUCAAGGAGACGUACACGCGCAUCAAGAAGAACGAGUACAGCAUCCCGAAGACGGUCGGUCCGCUGGCCAAGAGCCUGAUCCAGCGCAUCCUGCAGGGCGACCCCAACCGGCGGCCGACCGUCGACCAGGUCCUCCACGACGACUUCAUGACCAUGGGCUACAUCCCGAUCCGGCUGCCAACCUCGUGUCUUACCAUGGCGCCCCGGUUCGACACCAAGAUGAACGUCAGCAUCGUGGCGCGCCGGCCGCUGCUGGAGAUCAACAAAGACUCGGCGCCGAACGUCGCCGGGGCGAAGGAGUGCGCGGCGUCGCAGCCGGAGACGGCCGGCGAGCAGCAGCGAGCCAACCGCGACUGCUACCUCAAGGAGCUGCACAGCCAGCUGAAGAAGCUGCUGGACUCCAGUCCGGCCGACCGGCCCAACGUCGAGAUGGACGAGGCCGAGGACCCCGCCGCCGUGCCGUUCCUCUGGUUCAGCAAGUGGGUGGACUACUCGGACAAGUACGGUCUGGGAUACCAGCUCUGCGACGACUCCAUCGGCAUCAUCUUCAACGACUCCACCAAGCUGCUGCUCCUCGCCAAUGGAGAAGACAUCCAUUACAUCGAACGGGACGGCGCCGAGCACUACCACACGAUGAACGAGUACCCGAAGGAGAUCAACAAGAAGGUGGUGCUGCUGAAGUACUUCCGGAACUACAUGAACGAGCACCUGGUGAAGGCGGGUGCCGCCAUGAAGCCGCGCGAGGGGGACGAGCUCAGCCGCAUCCCCAGCCUGCGCGCCUGGUUCCGCAGCCGCUCGGCGAUCGUGCUGCAUCUCACCAACGGCACGCUGCAGAUCAACUUCUUCGACGACCACAGCAAGGUGAUCCUGUGCCCGAUGAUGGGCGCCAUCACAUACAUCGACGAGAAGAAGAGCUUCCGCACCUACCGCUUCUCGCUGAUCGAGGAGUUCGGCUGCAGCAAGGAACUGGCCAGCCGGCUGCUGUACGCCAAGGCGAUGGUGGAGCGUCUGCUGACCUCGCGCUCGGUGAGCGCGGCCAGCGCCUCCGCCAAGAGCAAGGUGGCACCGACGCCGACCGCCGCCGCGCCGCCGUCGGCUCACUAGCCGGCGCGUGCUCGCGGUCAACCUGUGAGGAGUUGGAGCGGCGGCCGUGGCAGAGGCCGCCUCAGACAAGGUGGGGCAGGAGCGCGCCGGCUCCGCGCGUGUUCUCCGGGCGGUGAUGGUUCCGUGGAUCCGGUCUCGGCGGUGAGCCGUCCGUGUGUGAGAGCCUGUGUCGAUAAGACGUGGUCGAGGUGCGAGUGUGCUGCUGCGCGAAACUUCACGACGUCGGGACCGCGCCUGGCGUUGCUGUCCAAGCUUUUCCAUGUACGCGCGGCAGGAGACAUGUGCCGUGUGUGACCGGCGGUCGCCGCACGGUGGCCGUUUAGUGUAGGUCGUCUUGCCGUUGCGUUAGCCGUGUGAUCGUGCCUAUGGAGCACAUAUUCCCAGCCCGGAACAGGGAGUGCGUACGGCACGUUUUGUGCGACUGUCACUUGCAUGGCCCCGUAUGUUCUGCCCCGUUGGGCCGCGGGGUUUGCUCUUCCCUACUGUACAGAGAGGUUAGGGUGCCACCAUGGUCGGCCCGACGAGACUGCCUUUGCCGAGUUUGGCCACCAACCUGCGCUCGUUCAUGGUGCCUUUUAACUCAGCAAGUGCGAAAAUAAAUGUUGGUGGUAGAAC